AUGAGAAUCGAGGGGCCACGACCGAGAUCUGUUGGCUCUCGCUCGACUCCGUCAAUCACACCACCUGUAAGAAGUCCAGCAUCUUUUCCUGGAGCAACACCUGCACCGCCAGAAGCUAGAGAAUCAUCGAUGAUGUCGAAUGACUGGCUCAGUUCAUUCAUGCCUCCUCAGUGUCCGACGCAGCACCAGGAGACCCAGCUCAUGGCAUACUAUCAACAAUAUACGUUCCGAACUUUUGCCACACUCGACUAUCAGAAUUUCCAGCACGUCUGGGAACAGGUAGUACCAAACCAAGCCCAACAUCACAACUUCCUUAAGCACGCCGUUCUCUCGAUAGCAGCCCUCCACUCGGCCCACUCGAACCCUAUAGAAGCAGCGCAUUAUGCGUUCCUAGCUCGAAGCCACCACGAACAUGCAAUGCAGCUCUUCUACUCUGUCGGCACAACCAUCACUGCAGAAAACGCCACCGCCGUCCUCGGCUUCGCCUUCUUUCAAGUCAUCUAUCGCUUCGGCAGUCCCUUCGUCCCCGGUCUUCCAAGUCCCCUUGACGUCGUCGACGCCUUCAACCAAGUCAUAGUCGUGCUCUCCCUCUUCUGGCGCCUCCUCCCCGAGGCUCGACCACUCAUCGCCUCCACCUCUGUCACACGCCUGGUGUCCCAAGCAGACUUCGUGCCCGCCUACACCCCCGGCGAGACAUACUCGCACCUGUUCGAAGCCAUCGAGACUGCAAACAACCUCUCUUCCGACCCCCUGGCCGACAAAACCGCCUACCAGGCUUCCACCCUCGAACUCAGGCGCCUCUUCGCGAUUCCCUUCGUCCCAGUGUCUUGGUCCCUUAUUCUGUCGUGGCCGAUCCGCGCCCCAGGGCGUAUAAUGGAGCUUUUGCGGCUGAAGCGUCCGCUGGCGCUCGUGCAUCUGGCGUAUUGGUGCGUGCCGAUUCACCAUGCAUGUAGCGCACCCGAGCAGUGGUUUCUGGGCGGAUGGAGUCGCAAGAUGGUGCUGUAUAUUGCACGGUGCAUUGAGGCGGAGUAUAGGGGUUUGAUGAAGUGGCCGUUGGAUCAGAUUGGGGUUAAUGUGGUGCCGGGGAGUCAGAGUGCGAGUGAACCGAGUACGUCGAUGAGUCCGCCGGUGAUGAGGAGGAUGGCUUCAGAUCGCUGA